ACCCCACUCUGAUCCCUUUACUCUUCUCCACCUGUGGUCCUUCUCCUUUGGAGCUUUCCUGCUGCUGAGAUCCCCAAGUCUCAAGAGCAAAGAGAAAGUACCUUCUCUGCCACAGGAAAACAACCAGCUUCCUGAGCUUGAGAGAUGAGGAAUGGAGCUGACACCACACUCAGUUCUUCAAACGACCACCACCAACUCCUCAGAUUCCUUGACUUCUUCCUCAGGCUCUCUGUGAUCCCUCUCAGUGUUGCCUCCCUUUGGGUUAUGGCCAGCAACAAGCAGACCAAUGAUGCUUAUGGGAAGGUGGAGUUCAGUAACCUAUCAGGGCUCAGGUAUUUGGUUGGCAUCAAUGCCAUUUCAACUGGGUAUGCUAUUGCUUCCGUUCUCCUCCUGUGCCUCAGAUGCUUCAACAGUGACUGGUAUCUCUUUAUCUCAGACCAGGUUAUGGCCUAUUUAAUGGUGACAUCUGGGUCUGCAGUGGCUGAGGUGCUCUACUUGGCACAUGAGGGUGAUAGGAAGGUCUCAUGGAGUGAGGUGUGCAGUUACUAUGGGAUGUUCUGCAGCAAGAUCAAGGUGUCAUUAGCAUUACAUUUUGUGGCCUUGGUGUGUUUCAUUGUUUUGUCCCUCAUCUCUGCCUACAGAGUCUUCAGCAAGUUUGAGGCCCCUUCUUUGCUAUCUGAAGAAGUUGGGGAACAGGAGUAGCUCUGAUAUGUGAUCUUGUAUGCCUAGUAGUAUGUUCUUCAAUGAAGUACUGGUUUUCUUUUGCUGUUGUGGUUUGUGGAGUUGAUCAACUCACUAAAAGAUUGGCUUCUUUAGAAAAUCAUUUAGUAUCUUGUGCUUUAUGGGCUUUUCAAGAAAGAAAAAGGACAGGAAGUUAGUGAA